AUGCUCAACCGCGAUAGCAACAGUAUUUCCAAUCAGCUCGCUUCUCGAGGAAUUACGUGGAAGCUCAAUCCUCCUUCGGGCCCUCACUUCGGAGGCAUAUUCGAGAGCGGUAUAAAAUCUACCAAAUACCAUCUCAAACGUAUAAUCGGAUCGCAGGUUCUUACCUUUGAAGAAUUUUAUACGAUCUUAACGAAAGUAGAAGCCAUGUUAAACUCUAGACCGUUAGUGGAAUUAUCUUCCGAUCCCGACGAGGUUGACGCUCUUACAGCUGGUCACUUCCUCAUCGGUCGACCUUUAAUAUCUCUGCCCGAACCGGUAUAG